AUGGCCCAAUCUAAAUCGGCGAAGCGCAAGCGGAGGGGGCAAGCCGAGUUGCCCAACAAGGCGGCCAAGAAUGGUGCCAUCACGACCCCGCCUCCCGACGGCGAGUCGUUUGAACCGAAAAGUCUCCAGACGGUCAUCUCGGAGGAGGAGCUCGACGUGACGAUCGAGACGCUCGCGACGCUCGCCAAAUACCCCAGCCUGACAAAGUCCAAGCUGUGCAAGAAUCUCCGCGUCGCCGUCUACGACUUUCGCCAGUCAUGCAACACCGGGGUCAACGCGGCCGAGGGCGGCAACCUCACGGCGCGAGUGUCGGCCGCUCUGGUGGACGAAAAGUAUCUCGAGGCCAAGAUCCUUCUCGCCGAGAUGAGGCUGCGAGGCGAGGAGCCGAAGCUCGGCGCGCUCUGCCGCUGGGUCCGAGACCUCGACGUCGUCACGCAACGCGACGGCGCCAGGAUCGACGACCCGGACCGCUCCGCAAGGGACAGGGAGCUCCUCGGCGUCCUCGAUGCCGUCCUGCGCGUCAGCUGCCCCGUCGACGUGGCCGCCUCGAACCUCGACGGCCACUCGUCUCCCGGCAUCGCCCUUCAGCCGACGUGGGACCUGCGGCCGUCGACGGAGCCCCUCGAGGUGUACGCCUCGGUCCUCGACAGGUCCAUCCUGUCCGAGGCAACCGGCUCUCUGCGGAUCGUCGAGGCGAUCCCGGGCCGCCUCCGCAAACCGCCGAACCAUCACGCCGCCGUCAUCCACACCUCCGAGCCGGACUCCGUUUGGCUCUCCCCGCAAGGCCCGACCACGACGUACCACAGACACCCCAGCGUGCCCAACCUCGGACUCGCGACCAAUGUUCUCUCCCCGGACGAGUGCAAGGCCAUCAUUGCCGCCGGCGAGAGCGUCGGAUUUUUGCCAGACACACCCAUCCGCGACAGCGGCGACGUGAGCGUCCUGGCUCACAACUUCUACUGGCUCGUCGACACGGCCUUUCAUGACAAGCUCUGGGCUCGCAUGGCCCCCUUCGUGCCCGCGUCCCUCCAGGACCGUGCCUCGCGGGGCCUUAACCGACGAUUCCGCGUCUACCGAUACGUCCCCGGCGCCGAGUACCGAUGCCACAUCGACGGCGCCUGGCCUCCGUCGGGCCUCGGUGCGGACGGCAGCUACGUCUACGACGACUCGCCGGCGGGGCGGAAGCAGAGCUCGCUCUUCACCUUUUUGAUGUACCUCAACGACGAGUUUGAAGGCGGCGAGACGACCUUUUACAUGCCCGGGCCUCGCGAGGGGACGCUGCACGCGUAUCCCGUCCGGCCCGUCAUGGGAGCCGUGGCCGUGUUCCCCCACGGCGAGAGCCUCGGGGCACUGCUGCACGAGGGGACGAGCGUGAGAAAGGGAGCCAAGUACAUUGUGCGGACGGACAUUGAGUACGACGUUGAGCCGUCGAAGGAGCCGUCGAGUUGA